ACCGUGAGAGAAUAAAGCAAUUUUUUGGUCAUUCGAAAUUAAUUCAGUGUAAUUCGGUCCUCGGUAAUACGAAAAACUAAACAACGUUGUAUACGCGAAAAUAAGACGAGUCCUUUGAGUGUGUCGUGCAAUCGCUGCGCUUCGUUUUCGUUUUUGUUAUUUUAUUAGUGCUCGCGCCGGGGCCGGGCGGCCUAUUUCUUUUGCCAAUUCACCCUUUUCCCUGCUCGCGCUAGGUCGUGCUCCUCGCGUCGGGGUUUCGUUUGUCGCGUUGACUUUAAUUCAAUUCCCCUUCGUUAAUUCCCUCACCCGGAGAAGCCCGUUCCGCAGUGCAGUGCAAUUUGAAGCGCAGAACAACCCUUCGGAGGAUUUCAUUUCGAACGAGUAGAAAAACAACGUACAACAUGUCGUCGAUGGCGCUACGGCUCGCCCGGAAAUCGGCCAACCAAUUGCUACCCAAAGCAACUGGAGCCCAAACCAAGACGUUCUUCACCUAUUCGAACCAAAUCUCGCAACCGCUUGAGCGGCAACCGAAGUACACCACGGCCGAGGAAGCGGUGAAAGUGAUUAAAUCAGGAGAUGUAGUGUUCGCGCAGGGUGCUGCGGCCACCCCGGUUCACCUUCUUGAUGCGAUGACGAAGCACGGUCUCGAAAACAAGCUGCGCGACAUUACCGUCACGCAUAUGCACACCGAAGGUCCGGCCUCGUACUGCAAGCCGGAGGCCAAGGAUGUCUUCCGCUCGAAAUCGCUCUUCAUGGGUGGCAACGUGCGGGCCGCCGUGGCCGAUGGCCGGGGCGAUGCCGUGCCCAUCUUUCUGCACGAAAUUCCGCUCCUCUUUAGGCGCAAGCUGAUCCAGCCGGACGUGGCCAUCGUGUCGGUUUCGCCACCGGACAACCACGGGUACUGCACACUCGGCACCAGCGUCGAUUGCGUACGAGCGGCGCUCGAAAACUCGAAAGUUAUCAUCGCCCAGGUCAACAAACAGAUGCCACGGACCUUCGGGGACAGCAUCAUUCACGAGUCGCACUUUGACUAUGCCGUCAACGUGGACAUUCCGCUUCCCGAACACGGUGGCCAUGCAAUGUCCGACGUGGAAACGAAGAUCGGCAAGUUGAUCGCGGAGAACCUGGUAGAGGACGGGGCAACACUGCAGAUGGGCAUCGGCAACAUCCCGGACGCAGUGUUGAACGCGCUGCACAACCACAAGGACCUCGGCAUCCACUCGGAGAUGUUUGCCGGUGGUGUGGUCGAUCUGGUGCGCAAGGGAUGCGUGACGAACGACAAGAAAACGUUCCACCGGGGCCGCAUCGUCGGUUCCUUCCUGAUCGGCACCAAGAAGCUGUACGACUUCGUCGAUAACAAUCCCUUCAUCGAAAUGCUCGAGAUCAACUACGUCAACAACGUGGGCAUCGUGGCACGGAAUCCCAAAAUGACGGCCAUCAACUCGGCCAUCGAGGUCGACCUUACCGGGCAGGUGUGCGCCGAUUCGAUCGGCACGCGUAUGUACUCCGGUUUCGGCGGUCAGGUGGACUUUAUCCGCGGUGCGGCCGAAGGUUUCGAUGGCAAGGGUAAACCGAUCAUUGCACUGCCAUCGUCCACCAACAAGGGUGAGAGCAAGAUUGCUCCCAUUCUAAAGCCGGGUGCCGGUGUGGUCACUUCCCGUGCGCACGUGCACUAUGUUGUCACCGAGUACGGUAUUGCUAACCUCUUCGGUCGCAGCUUGCGCCAGCGUGCGUACGCUCUGAUUCAGAUCGCUCAUCCCAACCACCGGGAAACCCUCGAGAAGGCAGCCUUCGAGCGUCUGAAGACGAUGCCAUCACCGAACUAAGAUGCUAUCUCGUCUACGUGCUCGAAACAACCGUCUCCGUGCCGGACAGCAAUACGACCAGUUCGUCGAUGUGAGACCCCACCAGUCAUUACUUCCUUGCGCCAGACCGCAGACCACAGCGCGUUCUUGGAAGGUUUGUGGGAAUUCGAAAGCAAUUGGGCUUGGGCGCCUAACAUCUGCGCCGAGUACACCCAGAAUGCAGAUUACCGGUGUAACACUGCAAGAAAGCCACAGUUCUGCCCCCGAUGUGGAGCCACAUAGAAUGUAGGGAUUUAUGUUUUUGUUUUCAUUGUGGUUUUAGCUCCUGUUUUGUUUAGUUGAAUAAAAAAACCUUAUCAAAAGCGUUAGUCGCACAUUUCGCAAAGCAAAAUUACCAAAUAAAGCGAUUUUAUCGUACCCGUUAUUUUUCGAAUUUUAUGGUACGUGGCACGUAUUUUAGGAUGUUCAAACUAAUAACUCAGGCGCGCAGGAAGCCAACACAAACUGCCCGUAACAAGCCGCAAGUCGGCAGAUAGUUUAAAUGCAAAGGUAGCAACGCACCAAUGGCAAUGUCUUGUCAUGUGCUUCGAAACAGCGUAGGGUCUAGUGCUCCAUGAACCAUAGUAGGCGAAGCGGAAGUAUGAUAGAUCGAGUUAGGCCUUCUUUUGCAUCGUAGCACCAUCGCAACCUGCCCAUGUUCCAUUAGUACGAGUUCCUUCAGUAGACAAAGCAGCAAGGUGUGUAGCAAAAUGUUUGCAGUAGAAUUUAAAGCGAACGAACAAAAGAAUGCAAUCAAAAGUAGCACAAGCAAACCCCCCAAAGUGGGGUAACAUAACCUGGCUUCUCUGGCUUCCAAAUUAUUAAAUUAUCAUGGCGCAGAGUCAGAAGCAGAGCCCGAGCGAAUCAAGUGUAACGAUCUAUCUCUGAGUCACACGGUGAAUUGCCUACAAAACCAUACAAGCGGUAAUUGUUCCAACUCCGGUACACAGAUUCUAAAAGAAGGUGCCAUAUCGUCCCGUGCGAUUGAACGGGAAGCGGAACGUCUUUACCGAAACCUCACAAUCUGCCUAUGAAAUAAAGUUAUUGAAACGGA